AUGGGCUCUUUGCGUCAGGUCUACUUGCUUCCAUUGAAGGAUGAUGGAUCGCCAGACGUGCCUGGGGGAUACAUUCACUUGGCCCCUCCUCCAGAAGCUGGAUAUGUGCUUCGAUUUAUUAUCGAGGGAACGAGUUCCAUCUGCCGACAGGGUAGUCUCUGGGUGAAUAUCCCCGAAGCAGGCAAGCCUUUCGAGCGUCACUCCUUCAGGGAGUUCGGAUUACAGCCUAAUUUCAAUGAAAACAUUCACAUUGACAUCCCCGUGACAUCUGCAGGGGCCUUUGCUUUCUACACAACCUUCUCUCCGCUGCCAGCGUUCUCGGUCGAGGAUGUGUCUGCCCCAAAGCCCACCCAGACCCCCGUGCACUACAUUGAUGUAUCACCCAAUCUCACCCUCCAGGGGAAGCAUUUGCCGCUGAAUGCGCUCUCAAUCUUCUCUGUGAUUUCGAAAUUCAUGGGCCAAUAUCCCAUGGAUUGGGACAAACAUCUUCGUGGAAUUGGUCUACGGAACUAUAACAUGGUUCAUUUCACACCCCUCAUGGAACGUGGCUCGUCAAACUCCCCAUACAGUAUUGUUGAUCAGUUGGCGUUCGACAGCACAUUCUUCCCCAAUGGAGAGGAUGAUAUCGCUUCAUUGGUCGCAAAGAUGGAGAAAGAUUAUGGUCUUCUGACAUUGACUGAUGUGGUGUGGAAUCACACAGCUAAUAAUAGCAAAUGGCUGCAGGAGCAUCCUGAGUCCGGAUAUAGCGUGGAAACCGCUCCAUGGCUGCAGGCAGCUCUGGAGCUGGAUUCAGCACUCUUGGAGUUCGGUGAUAGUCUUGUAGACCUCGGUCUUCCCACAGUGUUCGAGACUGUAGAAGAUUUAGUGGCGGUCAUGCACAUGGCUCGCAAGCACGUCAUUGAUGGGAUUCGCCUAUGGGAAUUUUACGUCCUUGAUGUGAAGAGUGAUGUUCAGAAAAUUAUGCACGAAUGGAUUGAUGCGAAGGUUGAUCCUGCACUCGUCAAACGAGAUGACAUGCAGCAAUACAAGAAAUGGACCCUCGCACAACAAGCCAAAGUGCUCCGCGAAGUUGGAAUUCCAUCCUUCAAGCGAAUUCUCGGACGCUUUGGUCGUGUCGUGGACCCAAAAUUUGGUGCAAUUGCUUUAACUGUGCUGUUUGGUGACUAUGAUGAAGCACAAACCAAUCUCAGCGAGGUUGAAGACUCAUUGUCCAAGCUCCUUGACGAGGCCAAUCUGCCAUUCUACAAGGAGUAUGAUGCUGAUGUCAACGCUAUCAUGGACCAAUUGUUCAACCGCAUCAAGUAUCUCAGAAUCGACGAUCACGGUCCCAAGAUGGGUCCUAUUACCCAGGAAAGCCCUUUGAUUGAGACUUACUUCACACGCCUUCCUCUCAACGAUGUUACGAAGAAACACGACCCUAAGGCGUUGGCCUUGAUUAAUAAUGGUUGGAUUUGGAAUGCCGAUGCGAUGAAAGAUAAUGCCGGGCCCGAUUCCAAAGCCUACCUACGCCGCGAAGUCAUUGUGUGGGGUGAUUGCGUGAAGCUUCGAUAUGGGUCCUCCCCCGAAGAUAGUCCGUUCCUCUGGGAGUACAUGACCCGUUAUACACAUCUCAUGGCCAAGUACUUUUCUGGCUUCCGAAUUGAUAAUUGCCAUUCGACGCCUCUCGUGGUUGCUGAAUAUUUGCUUGAUGAAGCUCGCAAAGUUCGACCCAAUUUAACUGUCUUUGCAGAACUUUUCACGGGUUCCGAGGAGGCCGACUAUGUCUUCGUCAAACGCUUAGGCAUCAACGCUCUGAUUCGCGAGGCCAUGCAGGCUUGGAGUACAGAAGAGCUGAGUCGCCUCGUUCACCGUCAUGGUGGUCAGCCAAUCGGUAGCUUCGAGAUCAAUCUGCCUUUUGCUGAAAGUCGACAUGCAAUUGCAUCUGCCAGUUCUGGCGAUAGUGCUGAGAAGAUCCAUCAUAUCCAUCCCUGUCCGGUUCCGGCACUAUUCAUGGACUGCACCCAUGACAAUGAGGUCCCUGCUCAGAAGCGCGAUGCCAGAGACACUUUACCAAAUGCCGCUCUUGUGGCAAUGUGUGCCUCCGCAACAGGAAGUGUAAUGGGCUACGACGAGGUGUAUCCCAAACUCAUAGAGCUCGUCCAUGAGACUCGAACAUACACAUCUCAAUCCUCGGAGUCGGAAAGUCUAGUCGUUGGGUCUGGAGAUGGUGGGAUUGGUGGUGUUAAGAAGCUCCUGAACGAACUCCACACCAUGAUGGGAGUUGAAGGCUAUGAUGAAACUCACAUCCAUCACGAUGGUGAAUUUAUCACUGUUCACAGAGUUCACCCCAAGACCCGAAAAGGUAUCUUUUUGAUUGCACACACCGCUUUCCCCGGCCAUGAGAGUGGUACAAUACUAGAUCCCACACAUAUUGCUGGAACUAGUGCCAAGCACAUUGGAUCGUGGAAGUUGGAAGUUGAUGCCAGUGAUCAAACAAGGGCGAAGGUUUUGGCCGACGACAAAUACUUGAAAGGUCUCCCCAGUCAUACUCGCGACAUCGAAGGCACGAAGAUCGAACAAAGCGACAAGGGGGUCAACAUCUCAGUACUAGACACUCUGCUUCCUGGGUCUAUUGCUCUUUUUGAAACAUGGAUCCCAGGUGCAGAUCAAGCUGAUGGAUUCAAACAUAGCCUUGCCCAUGGUGCAGAUGAUGCAUUCUCUGAGCUCAGCUUGGUUGAUCUGAACUUCGUGCUUUACCGGUGUGAAGCCGAGGAAAGAGACACUAGUGAUGGCCAGGACGGUGUCUAUAACAUUCCAAAACAUGGUCCGCUGGUUUAUGCUGGUCUUCAGGGCUGGUGGAGUGUGCUUGAGGAUAUCAUCAAGUACAAUCAACUUGGUCACCCGCUCUGCGACCACUUGCGAGAGGGCCAGUGGGCUUUUGAUUAUAUCAUUAAUCGCAUGAAGAAAGCAGCUGCUAAGGAAGGAUAUACUGCCUUGAAUAGACCUGCGGCAUGGCUUGAGGAAAAGUUUGACGCGGUUCGCGACCUGCCCAAUUUCCUCUUCCCAAGAUAUUUCGCAAUCAUUUUACAGGCUGCAUAUAAUGCUGCAUGGAAUAGAGGUAUUCAUCUCCUUGGAGCGAAUGUCCGGCACGGCCAGGACUUUAUUCAUCAAUUAGCUAUGGUCAGCGUUCAACAGACUGGCUAUGUGAAGUCUGCAUCUUUAUGGCCCACCAAGAUGGUUCCCAGUCUUGCAGCAGGGCUGCCUCAUUUCGCAGUUGACUGGACAAGAUGCUGGGGUAGAGAUAUCUUUAUCUCUAUCCGUGGUCUAUUCCUUUGCACGCAACGUUUUGAUGAUGCGAAAGAGCACAUCAUCGCUUUCGCGAGCGUGCUUAAGCAUGGCAUGAUUCCCAAUCUUUUGAGCAGUGGAAAAUUGCCCAGAUACAAUUCCCGCGACUCCGUCUGGUUCUUUAUGCAGAGUAUCCAAGACUUCAUUGCAAUGGCACCUAACGGUAUCGAUAUCUUGCAAGAGAAGGUGCCCAGACGAUUCUUGCCUUAUGACGAUACAUGGUUCCCCUUCGACGAUCCUCGUGCAUACUCUCAGUCCCCGACUCUUCUCGAGUGUGUCCAAGAGGUGUUCCAAAGACACGCUUCAGGCAUGUCAUUUAGAGAAUACAAUGCUGGUCCAGACCUUGACUGCCAGAUGAAACCUGAAGGCUUCCAGAUCGAUGUCAAGGUUGACUGGGAAACAGGUCUCAUUUUUGGUGGCAACCAGGAUAACUGUGGUACCUGGCAAGAUAAAAUGGGAGAAAGCUCCAAGGCUGGAAACAAGGGUGUCCCUGGAACACCACGUGAUGGUGCUGCCAUUGAGAUUACCGGUCUCGCGUACAGUGCUCUGGCGUGGGCGGCCCGCCUUCACGAAUCCAAGGUCUAUCCCCAUGAAGGCGUCCAAAUUGGCGAUGGUAAGACGAUUACUUUCGCCGAAUGGGCCGGCAAGAUCAAAGACAACUUUGAGCGAUGUUACUUUGUCCCCCUCGAUCCCAGCGAAGAUGGCCAAUACGAUGUCGACGCAAAGAUCAUCAACCGCCGAGGAAUCUACAAGGACUUGUACAAGUCCGGCAAGCCCUAUGAAGACUACCAGCUCCGUGCCAACUUCCCCAUCGCAAUGUCAGUUGCCCCGGAGUUAUUUACGCCUGCGAAAGCUCUUGUCGCUCUGUCGAUUGCCGACUCCGCUAUCGUGGGUCCUGUCGGCAUGUCAACACUGGACCCCUCCGAUCUAAACUAUCGUCCAAACUAUGUUAAUUCCGAUGACUCUGAUGACUUUGCGACUGCCAAGGGCCGCAAUUAUCAUCAGGGUCCGGAAUGGGUCUGGCAACGAGGCUAUUUCCUACGUGCACUGUUACACUUUGAUAUCCUGCGCCGAAAGACGCCUGAAGCACGGACUGAAUGCUUCCAGCAAAUCACCCGGCGACUUGAUGGUUGCAAGAAAGCACUCCGAGCGAGUCCCUGGAAAGGACUGACAGAAUUGUCAAACAAGGGUGGAGAGCACUGUAAUGACUCGUCACCGACCCAAUCCUGGUCUGCUGCCUGUCUGCUUGAUCUUUAUUACGACGCAUCUAAGCAUCCGUAG